AUGGACCACCCACCUUUUCUCCGGGAGCGGCUGCCUUCAGAUUUGGCCUACUACUCCCCUCAACUCCGAGCACCCCCAGUGCGCCCACUGCCAGCAUCUACAGCCCCCACCAGCACCAAUGGCAACCCAAACUCACUGGUAAAAUCACGUCCAGUGUCACCUUUACUGAGUGAAGAGCUGCUAGAGCUUCCUCCAGUGUCAGUACCAGCAUCGCUCGCUACGAGAGGUAUACUGUGCCUUAAGAUCUCCCACAAGUCACGCAAGCGGGUCACUCUUCGAAUUGAUCGAUCUCGAUUUGUCUUCUCAUGGCAGCAGGCACAGUGGAAGCCGCUGAAGUUGAUUGGGGCGCUGAAAGUACACGAGAUCAGCGUUCACGAUGUCCGCCAGGUUAUCCACAGAGCCGACGCCGCUAUCUACCGUGAAGAGCACAAUUUGAGUAACGACAUUGAGUCUCGGUGGAUUACGAUUCGCUACUUCCAUAGGCGCAAAGCUCGGGCCAAACUGUUACACAUUGUUGCUGAUACUGACACUGAUGCUGACGCCAUCUAUACUGCGCUCCAGCAGCUUCAAGCUAUCCAUGACCAGCUUAGUCAGAACUUGUUGCUUCCCGAUAAUGGGCACGAGUGUGCUCUCGCCAAACACUACCAGGCUGACUUGGCAGUGUUGGUGACUUCACCUACGAGUGAUCUGCUUGCGCCUAAAGCCAGCGAACGUCUAUCAUUUGACCGCAUCUGCCAGUACGCAGACCUGCUUAAUAUCAACUUACCUCCGCAAACGCUCCGCCCGGUGUACGAUAAAGUUGCUGGUGACCCCACGCGUGGUUUAACUAUCGCUGAAUUCAAACAAUUUGUCGCUGUCCUCAAACGGCGACCAGAUAUCCAUCAACUAUUCACGUCGCUUACAGCUUCCAAGAGUCUUCUGCGCGAUGAAUUUGCCCAUUUCGUCAAUGACAUCCAACACGAGCAUCUACACCCUGAUCGCAUCACACGGAUGUAUAACAGAUUUGCCGUUGACGGUGUGUUUGGCGAAGACUCACUUAAUGAGUUCCUCCUUUCUCGGUAUCUGAAACCGUUGGCAAUUGUUGAUGCUGGAGAGACGCCCUACUACUCCCACCCAUUGAACGAGUACUACAUCUCGUCGUCACACAAUACCUACCUUAUGGGACGCCAAGUAGUAGGUGAUUCGUCGAUUGAAGCCUACAUCAGAGCCUUACAACGUGGGUGUAAGUGUGUUGAGAUUGAUAUAUGGGACCCCCCGCUGGACGGGGACGAGGAACCCAUUGUCAGUCACGGACGCACAUUCACUACCCUCAUCAGUCUUCUGAACGUGUUGAGGACAAUAAGACAGUAUGCGUUUGUGACGCUGCCAUGGCCGCUCAUUUUAUCGUUGGAAGUCCAUUGUCUGGUCAACCGUCAGGUGAAAGUGGCUGAGCUUAUACAUGAUAUCUUGGAUGAACUUUUGGUGUCGAAACCGAUCGUGGAGGACCUGGUGGUGCUUCCGAGUCCUAUGGAUUUGAAACACAAGAUCCUCAUCAAAGUUAAGAAAGGGACGAUAUCAGAGAAGCUUUCUGAACAACCAGCUCACUCGUUACCGCCAACAUCACCAGCAGAAGGGUCGUCGUUCUUCAGCAUGUUUUCUACCAGUGAUUCCGUUACCACCAGUUCGUUCAGUGAGGAUGGAACCUCAGAUACGCGGCGGUCGUCGACCGGAAGUCUCUUCCGGCGUAACCGCAAAACUAAAGUGAAAAUUGACCACCGCCUAGGGCUGCUUGGCGUCUACUUACUGGGGCUUAAGUUCACCAACUUCUCUCUUCCUGAAUCCAAGACAUUCAACCAUUGCUUUUCCCUUUCGGAAAAGAGCUUUGACAAUAUGCUAAAGGAUGACGAGAAACGAUAUGCAAUAGACAAACACAACCGCAAGUACUUCAUGCGCAUCUACCCGUCGCAGAUGAGAGUGAAGCUGCUGAACUUCAUACCCAUACGAUACUGGGCCCACGGAGCCCAAAUGGUAGCCACCAAUUGGCAAACCUACGACGCUGGCCAGCAAAUCAACGAGCUGUUAUUUGCGGCUGCUAACCACCAAGGGUACGUGCUCAAGCCAGACUCGUUGCGCAAACCCCUCCUCAAGUCAUCGAAGAUUGUCAUCACACGUCAACCGACGAUGCAAACGGUGAAGCUCAGACUCAUGGUAAUUGGAGCUCAUCACUUGGUUCGGCUGAGAGAGACUGCCACCUCGAACCCUUACGUGACAUUAGAGGUGUUUGGUGGUGAAGUGAGACCUGAUUGCGAGCUUUUACGUACGGCGAUCGUCCAUAAUAAUGGGUUUAACCCGUUGUGGAACCAACGGUUUGAAGUCGACAUCGACACCGUGUACCCUCAGUUUGUGUUUAUCCGUCUUCUGGUGGUCAACAGCGACGGUGACCACUUGAUGGGCCAAACAAUGAUGAACCUCUCGCAUAUGAAACGGGGGUUCCGCUACCUUCUGCUCUGUGAUGGUCUUGGUGAGGAGCUAUUGCACUCGCGCUUGUUUAUUCGGUUACACUCGGUGUUGCCGCUGGUCCAGUCUUUCACCAAGGGAUGA